AGGAGACGGACUUGGGAAAAGCAGCUCGUCCUAAACUCGAUAGCGGCAUUAGCUACACGGAUUAGCGACAGCUUUAGGGGUUAUUACUAACAUAUGAUAGUGUUUCCACUUGUUCAUUCAAGUCAUUUAGACGGGGGACGGUUGUUUGGCCCACUUUGGAGAGGGCUAACACCGCGGAGGGAGCCUCAUAAUCGGUUGUUUCCCUCUUGGAGCGGACGGAGCUGUGGUUGUGGCCGGGCAGCCCCACCACCGCCGGACUGUCGGACCCAAACUGAGGCGUCCGCACGGAAUAUAACAACAUAAAUACACGUUUUGAACACCCCGUGUCCCGCGGUAGGAGGUUUUGAAAUGCUAAUUUCUACCACGUUUUUAAAGCUAUGCGACGGAGCGUGUCGAGGAGAAGUUUGAUGGGAGAGCGGAGUGCGCUUGAUUUCCAGUCCGAUGGAUGUGAGCCCUGCCCGGCUGUGGCUCGGCUCUCUGCUCCGCUGCUCUGAGGAGAACAGGUCAAACACCAACACAGGUGAACACGUCUGUUCAAAACAAUGCACACCUGGCAAGUACAUGACAGCCCUGGCUUGAAUGCCAACAAGUCGCCCUCCAUUGCUUGUCUGUAAACCUGGAAAUACCUCCAACCAUCCCCUCGUCUUCUUCACCCCCUCCUCUUCCUCCCUUCUUCUUUUUUUGGACUCUCAGAGGAUCAGAUUCGGAUGGAAAAUGGGAGACGCCACCAAACUGGCCUUCGCCGUUUUCCUCAUCUCCUGCUCUUCAGGUGCCAUCCUGGGACGCUCGGAGACGCAGGAGUGCGCCUACUACAACUCCAGCUGGGAAAAGGAGCGCACCAACCGCAGCGGCAUCGAGCCCUGCUAUGGCGAGAAAGACAAGCGACGGCACUGCUUCGCCACAUGGAAGAACGUCUCCGGUACCGUGGAGGUCGUCAAGCAAGGCUGCUGGCUGGACGACGUCAACUGCUACGACAGUAACGAGUGUGUGGAGAGGAAGGAGAGUCCUGACGUUUUCUUCUGCUGCUGUGAAGGCAAUAUGUGCAACGAGAAGUUCCUGUACGCCCCUGAAGCGCCUCCACAGAGCGACCCGCACCAUUCAACCGCCUACACCACGUCCAACCCAUUUUCCCAGAAGCCCCAGCUCUUCAGCACUCUGCUUUACUCGCUGGUUCCCAUCAUAGGCCUGGCCGCCGUUGUCCUCUUCUCUUUCUGGAUGUGGAGACAUCACAAACUGGCCUACCCGGCGGCCCUCGUCCCCACACAUGAUCCCGGACUUUCACCCCCGUCCCCCAUUUUGGGACACAAACCGCUGCAGCUGAUCGAGGUGAAAGCCAGAGGGCGCUUUGGGUGCGUGUGGAAGGCCCAUCUGCUGAACGACUUUGUGGCCGUUAAGAUCUUCCCCAUUCAGGACAAGCUCUCUUGGCAGAACGAAUACGAGAUCUUCAGCGUGAGCGGCAUGAAACACGACAACAUCCUCCACUUUAUCGGCGCGGAGAAGAGGAACAACAACCUGGACCUGGAGCUGUGGCUCAUCACCGCCUACCAUGAGAAGGGCUCGAUGACAGACUUCCUGAAGGCCAACGUGGUGACGUGGAACGAGCUCUGCCACAUCACUCAGACUGCAGCCCGCGGCCUGGCCUACCUCCACGAAGACAUCCCGGGACACAAGGAGGGACACAAGCCCUCCAUCGCUCACAGAGACAUUAAGAGUAAGAACGUGCUGUUGAAGACUAACCUGACCGCCUGCAUAGCCGACUUUGGCCUUGCCCUGCAGUUCGAAGCGGGAAAAUCAGCCGGAGACACACACGGACAGGUGGGGACGCGGCGCUACAUGGCUCCCGAAGUCCUCGAGGGCGCCAUCAACUUCCAGCGCGACUCCUUCCUGCGUAUCGACAUGUAUGCCUUCGGCCUCGUCCUCUGGGAGCUCGCGUCGCGAUGCACCGCCGCCGACGGCCCGGUGGAUGAGUACAUGCUCCCGUUUGAGGAGGAGGUGGGUCAUCAUCCAUCUCUGGAGGACAUGCAGGAUGUCGUCGUUCAUAAGAAGCUGAGGCCCAUUCUGCGAGACUGCUGGCAGAAACAUGCGGGUCUGGCCAUGCUUUGUGAAACCAUCGAGGACAGCUGGGACCACGAGGCCGAGGCUCGCCUGUCCGCCGGCUGCGUCGAGGAGCGCAUCGGCCAAAUGCAGCGCCAAGCCCCCAUCAUCGGCCCCGAGGAGAUCGUCACCGUUGUCACCAUGGUGACCAAUGUGGACCUGCCGCCCAAGGAGUCCAGCUUAUGAUCGUCCGACAUCGGACGAGCCAGCAGAAACACGGAUCACCACGAGGGGAUGAACAGCCGACCCUGUCACAGCUCACACUUUCCACAACCCCGGCUCUUCAUCCAAACAACCCGCUGUCAGCCCCGACACUCACGGUAAUGCCCCGACACUCACGGUAAUGCCCCGAUACACAUGGCCACACACGCAGUACACAAAGUGUUUGUCCCCAUUUCCCUCCUUUCUCAGUCUCACGUUCAGUUCUGUUCCACUUUGACUGAAUCUCCUUUAUGUUAGUUGUGUUUCUCUUUGAGAUGUUCUUCUGAUAAUGGGGGGGGGGGGGGGAGAAAGCCUACACCCAGAAUGAAGUUGUCGUUUCUUUUUCCGUUUUGGUUUAAUAAUAUCCAUCGCUGACGAGCCUAAUGUUGGCCGUGACAUGUGGAUAUACGGUAUAUGUAUUUAUAUCUCUGGAUUAGCGCUGGGUACCGACUAAUGAUAGCUUUGAUAUUUGGUAUCCGUACCAAACUGUUGGAGCGUAUUCAUCUCGUUCUUUUCAUCUGAUUCUAUCUAUAGAAAAAGCAGAUUAACAAAAGAUCUCGUCCCGUGUGUUUAUUUUCGGAGAGGGCGUCGCACGUGCCCAGCCCUGAUCUGGAUUUGUACCUGUAUUUAGCUGAGCCAGCUUGCUUUUGAUUUGAUUGCAACACAUCUUUUUUGGAUUACUAUCAAGAGUUUCUGCUCUCUUUUGAUGCACCUCAGGAAUCUUUGCUACUCACAUCAUCCUCACCUCGGACUGGAGUACCUCCUCUCUCGCUGAUUCUCACGCUUCCUCUCUCUCUCUUUCUUGCCUCGUCUCUGCUUGGGACGGUUUAGCCGUGCUGUCAUGCUCAGAAAACGUGUCUCCAAUGUCUUUAUGACCAGUCCAAAUUGAAUCUAAACACUAAUACCACACAGGUGUUAUUCAGUCCUACAUCUGACAGGCAGUUUGCCAGUGUUUCCACCCAAACACAACUUAUUGGUUGCCCCAUUUCUGUCUUGACAAACAAGCCAAAUAAGCGCUAACUCUUUUAUUGUUCUGUGUUAAAGCUGCCAGGUAGAUGCAGUGCUACGGGGGACGGCAAUGGACGGUUUUCAACCCCGUUGACACAAACCAAACGAUCGCACGGCUAACUGCAGUGAGACGAGGAAACUUUCUCUCUUUCAUCCCGGUGCCAUUUCUAAGUCUCCAUAUUAGUUACUCUUGUAGAUGUCAGGCAAAACGGAUGUAUCUGUCAUUGUUGUGAAAGCAGCAGUGACAUUUUUGAGUCUUUUAUUUCUCCUGCGGGGACAGUGAGCGCUGGUGCCGGCAGACCUGCAGUCUCUCCUCAAGCUUUGGGACGGUUUCACAGGAUACAGUUUAAAAUCUCGUGCUGCGGUUGGAAAUGUUCACAUUCAGGGCAGUUCAUAAUUAUGGGUUCUUUAUAACAUGCUUAGCAUUUUAAGCAAACGGCGUACUGUAGGGCUCGAGAUGAAUAAGAGCAAACGAGUUCAAAGAACAAUCGGGUCUAAUAAUUGAGCUGAACAUUUGAGAGUAUUGCAACAACACAAGCAAACCUGAAGGAAAUUAAAGCCAUCUUGUUAUUUACCUUCUGUAGCAUGAGUACGAUAUUUGCAUCAUUAUUGCUUCCUUUUGCUGCUGCUGCUGUUUUUCAAUGAACCGCUGUUCAAAACAUUGUCCGAGGUCGUCGUGAAGCUUAAACAGUCAGAGACGAUCAGUACUGCGAACCCCCCAGCAGCCCUGAAACGAGCACUACCUCACUCGCAGGGAUUUCUUUGGGGUAAAAAGUGUGGCAAAUAAACCAAAAUCGUAACCAGGUUGCUCCAAUAGAAAGGGAUUAAAAGCUCCAGUUUGGGGAUUAUUUCUGGGCGUAAACUCCCAUUUUGUUCCCAUGUCCAAAAAUGUUAAAGGUCACAAGUAUUUCAGCAGCCAAGUGGAUUUUAAAGCAGCCUCCACAUGGCGCUGGGUUACCUGCCAAAGCGGCUGGUGGCGUGGACGAACCAGCAAAGAAGACGUGCCUACGUUUUGAUUGGCGGUCACAAUCCCUGCACUGUAGGCGUGUUCAGUGUUAAACAGCUCGACUUUAAACUGCGCUUGAGAAACCGACCCAAACUGAUAAAUACCAUUCAGGGAUUCAGUACUAUGCUUUUCUAAGUUCUAGCAAGUUAUAUGCAACCAGUGCCGCACUUUACUCUACAGUUCUGUAGGGUCAGCUGCAGGAGUGACUUUCAAUACACACACAAAUAACUUGUAGCAUUUUAUUUUCAUUUUUCUUUUCUCUUUUAUCCGUGACCUUGCAUAUUGAUAUGUUGUAUUUAUUCUUUAAUUUACAGGCCUGAGGUUUUUGGGGAUCAGAGCUCAGGUGCAACUCUGAAUAAGGUGGUAAAGAGUUGGCACCAUUUCUGGUUGUUGUUGUUGUUGUUGUU